AGUGUGACGUUGGAAGAGGGAUGGCGCUUUAAAUAUGGAAAAAGACGCGUUUCAUUCUGAGAAGUAUUGUAGACUGCAUGUUGGUUCGGUUUAGGCAUUUAUUUCGAAGUAUCUUUGAUUUUUUUAAGUUUUCCCAAAUUGCAAGCUCUAUAUCGUUUUGACGGUGUUUGGAAUUUGUUUUAUAGUAGCGUUUUAGCGUUGUUUAAAUAUUCAGUCAUUCAUUUGCGAUCGCCGGUUCUUAACAUAACGUAGUCAUUGUGUAUUUAAUAUAUGUAAAGCGAAAUUACUGCAAGACAACGUAUUACUCCAACGUAGAAGUUACCCUCAGCCUAAAAGGGGACGGUACCAGGUCGAAAGCUUAGCGUACGGCGGCACAGAUAUUAGCGAGAUCAAGGGGGAAAUACAGAGCUUAGCAAGACAACAUGAGCGUCGACAAGAGCAAGGUGGAGGAUGAGGCAGUGGUAGACAGAGGAGCGGCAUUUCUUAAGCACGUCUGUGAUGAUGAGGAGGUGGAAGGUCAUCAUACAGUCUACAUCGGUGUGCACGUGCCGAAGAGCUACAGGAGGCGGAGACGACAUCGCCGGAGGACCACCCACAGGGAGAGGAAAGAGAGAGCCAUAGAAAACGUGAACGAUAAGUCUGAUUGCGAAACACCAGAUGACACCAACACCAGCAUCCUCAAACCACUCAUCUCACCUGCUGCCGAGCGGAUCCGCUUCAUGCUUGGUGAGGAGGAUGAUGGUCCUCCACCACCUCAGCUCUUUACGGAACUUGAUGAACUCCUGGCCGGGGAGGGUCAAGAGAUGGAGUGGACAGAGACGGCGAGAUGGAUCAAGUUUGAAGAGAAGGUGGAGAAGGGAGGAGAACGGUGGAGUAAGCCUCAUGUUGCCACACUGUCCUUGCACAGCCUGUUUGAGCUGAAAACCUGCAUUGAGAAAGGCACCAUUAUAUUGGAUUUGGAAGCAUCCACACUUCCACAGGUUGUGGAGAUGAUUACCGAAAACCAAAUAGCAAGUGGUCUCUUAAAGGCCGAACUCAAGGACCAGGUGAUGUACACCUUGCUGCGCAGACAUCGCCACCAGACCAAGAAGUCCAACUUGCGAUCCCUGGCUGACAUUGGAAAGACAGUCUCCAGUGCAAGUAGACUGUUUACCAACCCGGACAAUGGUAGCCCAAUGACUUCACAUCGAAACUUGACAUCCAACAGCCUGAAUGACUUCUCUGACAAACCUGAAAAAGAUCAGCUGAAGAACAAAUUCAUGAAGAAGUUGCCUCGUGAUGCAGAGGCCUCCAAUGUCCUGGUGGGGGAAGUUGAUUUCUUGGACAGCCCUUUUGUUGCUUUUGUUCGCCUGCAAAAUGCUGUUAUGUUGGGAGCUCUGACUGAAGUUCCAGUACCAACGAGGUUCCUCUUUAUCCUGCUGGGACCCAAAGGCAAAGCCAAGUCCUACCAUGAAAUAGGAAGAGCGAUAGCCACACUUAUGUCUGAUGAAAUCUUCCAUGAUAUUGCGUACAAGGCCAAGGAUAGACAGGACCUCCUGGCUGGCAUUGAAGAGUUUCUGGAUGAGGUCAUUGUUCUGCCUCCUGGUGAAUGGGACCCUGAAAUCCGAAUAGAGCCACCAAAGUCUCUUCCAUCUUCAGACAAACGGAAGAACAUGUACGCAGGUGGCGAUAACUUGCAGAUGAAUGGUGACACUCCCCAUGAUGGGGGGCAUGGAGGCAGUGGGGGCCACCACGAAUGUGACGAGCUUAAGUUUACAGGAAGGUUUUGUGGUGGCCUUAUACUUGACAUCAAGAGGAAAGUGCCCUUCUUCGCCAGUGACUUUUACGAUGCGUUGCACAUCCAGUCUCUGUCUGCAAUUCUCUUCAUUUACUUGGGAACGGUGACCAAUGCCAUCACCUUCGGGGGACUGCUAGGGGAUGCCACAGAGAACAUGCAGGGAGUGCUGGAGAGCUUUCUGGGCACAGCGCUUAGUGGGGCGAUCUUCUGUCUGCUGGCUGGCCAGCCCCUCACCAUUCUAAGCAGCACUGGUCCUGUACUGGUGUUUGAGAGACUCCUUUUCAAUUUUAGCAAGGACAACGAUUUUGAUUAUUUAGAGUUCAGGCUAUGGAUCGGCCUGUGGUCAGCAUUCUUCUGCUUGAUUCUGGUAGCAACGGAUGCCAGCUUCCUGGUGCAGUACUUCACUCGAUUCACAGAAGAGGGAUUUUCCUCGCUCAUCAGCUUCAUCUUUAUCUACGAUGCCUUUAAGAAGAUGAUUAAACUGGCUGAUCACAACCCCAUUAACAAAGAUUUUAAGAUGGACUAUGUGACUCAGUAUGACUGCCACUGUAUACCUCCCAGUCGGGGGAAUGACUCGAGUACCUCCGAAAAUGUUUUGGACUAUAUCAACAGCACAAAUCUGAUUCCAAAUGCUACGUGGGCAUCUCUGAGCAGGGAUGAGUGCCUGAAGUACGGUGGCAAGCUGGUGGGUCUGAGUUGUGAGUUUGUCCCUGACAUCACUCUGAUGUCUUUCAUCCUGUUCCUUGGCACCUACUCCUUCACUAUGUGUCUGAAGAAGUUCAAGACCAGUCCGUUCUUCCCCACAACUGUUAGGAAACUAAUCAGCGACUUUGCAACAGUCUUGGCCAUUUUGACUUUCUGUGGUGUAGAUGCUGUGGUUGGUGUGAAUACACCUAAACUGCUUGUGCCGAGUGAAUUUAAGCCAACAAGCCCAUACAGAAGUUGGUUUGUACCCCCAUUUGGAGGCAACCCCUGGUGGGUGUACCUAGCAUCAGCUCUCCCUGCCCUCCUGGUCACGAUCCUGAUCUUCAUGGACCAGCAGGUCACAGCGGUCAUCGUCAACAGGAAGGAGCACAAGCUCAAGAAAGGUGCUGGUUACCACCUGGAUCUCUUCUGGGUGGCAGUUAUAAUGAUCAUCUGCUCCUUCAUGGGCCUCCCGUGGUAUGUGGCUGCCACUGUCAUCUCCAUCGCGCACAUUGACAGCCUGAAGAUGGAGACGGAGACGUCGGCACCCGGUGAGCAGCCCAAGUUCCUGGGUGUCAGGGAGCAAAGGGUGACUGGUAUCCUUGUCUUUAUUCUGACUGGCCUCUCUGUACUCAUGGCUCCAAUACUUAAGUACAUUCCCAUGCCAGUACUGUACGGAAUAUUCCUCUACAUGGGUGUGGCAUCGCUCAGUGGUGUGCAGUUUAUGGAUCGCCUCAAACUGCUGUUCAUGCCUGCCAAACAUCAGCCAGACUUGAUCUACCUUCGACAUGUACCUCUUCGCAGGAUCCAUCUUUUCACCUUCAUCCAAGUACUCUGUUUGGCACUCCUGUGGAUCCUUAAGUCUACGGUGGCUGCAAUAGUCUUCCCAGUCAUGAUCCUGGCACUGGUGGCAGUGAGGAAGGCCAUGGACUACAUCUUCUCUCAGCAUGACCUCAGCUACUUGGAUGAUGUCAUUCCCGAGAAAGACAAGAAAAAGAAGGAAGAUGAGAAGAAGAAGAAGAAGAAAGAUAGUAUAGACAGUGAUGCUGAGGAUUCUGACUUCCCCUAUCGAGAAACACUGCCCGGAAUUAAAAUACCCAUGGAUAUUCUGGAGCAGGAGCCCUUUUUGAGUGACAAAAGUCCUGUCAGAGAGAAGUCCUCCUCUUUCCUUGACCCACACUCCGCAUGCUGAGUGGCUGAACUAUAUCCGGGCCAGUUUGGUGGUGAGGGGGGGAGGGGAAACGGUGCCUCAGAGGAGAACCUUGAAGACUAAGGCAAGGGGUCCUUUUUGGAGAACCAUGCCCAAGGUCUUUCUAGUUAAUUUUGUGAAUUCCUUUUAAUGACACAUUUCCAUAGUGGGAAAAAAAGAAAAUAAAUUCCUUAAUUAGGGUAAGAGGUGAGGAAGGGUUGUUUAAAAAUUGUUUUGGUCAAACUUGAAGGAUCCUUUCUACUCCUCUUUUCCUUGAAAAGAAUGAAUGUAUCGUCAACUAAACGAAAACAUUAAGAUAUGCCUAGUUUAUAUUUAACAGCAGAUGCCAUAGUUGACGUACAAAGAAACCUUUUAAAUGUGAAAAAAAACUUUGUCCCCUCUGCCGAACGUUUCGAAAACUGCUGUUCAGUACACAUAUCAUCCUUACUAUGCAAAACCUCCCUGUGUCUUCUGAUGAACAUAUAAAAACAAUAGAAUUAUGGGAUAUCCUUUUUUGUGGGCCUUAUCUGAACUUCUUAAUUUUCUUAAAGAACUAAUCAACUUUUCCAGUAGUAGGAGAAAAUAUUUUUUAUAGUUCUACCUCUGUCAUUCUAUUAAAUUGUUUUGCUUUGUAAUGACUACAUCAUGAUUUUAAUAUUUCAGACUUUCACCUUCAGUGAUGUCCUAUAACUUUUGUAUGAAUCUAAGAAAAGAAUUGUUAUGGAGAUGCACAUAAGUAACAGAGAAUGUGAUAAUGUUAAAUGUGUUCACACAAGAUUAUGAUUUUACAGUUUGUGUAGGUACGUUAAGUUUUUGAAUGGUAAUUAAGUUAAUAUAAUGUAAUUUUAAAUGGACUGGCAUGAUCUGUAUACAGUACUUUUGUUUCUCAUGAAUUUAUCACUGCAUUUUGGAUUAAUGACACCAGCAGUUAUACAACUGUUAUUGCUGCCCUAAACUGUCUAACUCACUGAAAGAAUGAAUGCUUGGUCUUUUCUAUACCAAGAAAUACAAUGGUCUGUAUGUGUUUGGUAUGUUUAACAAAGAACAAUAUUAAUAUAUUAACACGUUAUUAUGAAAUGUGGUAUUCUAAAAGGUUGGUGUUUUCCAAACCCAGAAAUUCAAUGGUCUGUAUAUGUUUGGUAUCUGUAACAAAAAAUAAUAUAAUACAGACACUCCUCUACUUACGAACUUUCAACGUAGGAACUUUCAGACAUACGAACAAAGAGGACUGAAAGUCAAAAUUGUGUUCAUCGUGGUCCCGUUUCCUGUCCCCAACAAUUUUUUUUUGUGCGCGCCAAUUCCGCCUAGCAUGACUUCUGCCCAUUACUCUCGGCUCACAGCAGCGUAGCGUGCGUACUCCCAGCAUCCUAAUUCUUUUCAGGUUACGAACAUUUCAGGUUAUGAACAGUCGUUCGGAAUGUAUCUCAUUCAUAAGUAGAGGAGCAUCUGUACAUUAUUAUAAAAUGUUGCAUUCUAAAAGGUUUUAGAACGCAGGAUAGCAUGCUAUGCAGAAUAUUUUCUUUAAAAAUCUAAUGGACGCAUUAUACUGUAGAUAUCACUGGCAAGAGUUUACUUGAUGUACCAUUUUGGUAAGAGUUUGAAUUUUGAUUAAUAAUUCCAAGGAUUUAUUAAGUCUUCCACUACUGAAUUUGUUCAUCUCUGAACAAAAUCAAUCGUUUGUUUGUCUUAAUAUACAAUGCUUGAGUUAUGGGGUUUUUGUUCAUGUUUUGUUUUUAUUUUUUAUUUUUCCAAACCAAUGUAGGUUUUCACCAGUAUGCACACUAUAUUAGUAAAGUAAAUGCAAUAAUGGUUAAAGACCUUAUGCCAUUUAAGUCAUUUGUUGCUGUUUUGAAUAAAAGAUUAAAGUGAUUUUUUUAAAGAAAAAUUUAUAUCAUAUGGAUAGAAUUUGUAUUUUUCAGAAAAUGUAUAUUAAAUAAACUCGUAAAGCUUCCCUUUA